AUGGCAGAUCAAAGGCGACCAUUCUCCUUUCGGCUCCCAUGGCUAACAUCAUCAGCACCAUCUCGUCGUCCUGCUACUGAAAGCCAACCCCCUUCCAGGCCUGCACAACCACCCACCACAACUCCUGCAGCACAACCCCCAUUCCGUCCUGCAGGGAUAGUCCCAGCACAGCCCCCUCCUCCACAAGCACCACCGUCACUACCGCCACCACGAAGGACUGAAUCCCAGCCACCUGCACCCUCUCGUGCUGCCACUCAAUUCCGACCCAUUUCUCAGCCAGCACCAGGGUCUCAAGCACCAACUCAACCUGAAACUGCACAAUCUCAAGCAGCAACACCGUCACUACCGCCAUCACGAAGAACUGAAUCCCAGCCACCUGCACCAUCUCGUGCUGCCACUCAAUUCCGACCCACUUCUCAGCAAGCACCAGGGUCUCAAGCACCAACUCAACCAGCACAGCCCCCUCCUCCACAAGCACCACCGUCACUACCGCCAUCACAAAGAACUGAAUCCCAGCCACGUGCACCCUCUCAUGCUGCCACUCAACCCCCACCAGCAAUUCAACAAGAACCAAAACCAGAAGUGUCUCCCCCAGCAGCACAAGAGCCUCGACCAAAGGCAGAACUCACUUCUCAGAAAAUCUCUCAGAACCAAAAUCAAGUAGAAGCCACUUCUCAACUUGAUGGGGUGGCAACACAGCCUUCAAAAGCAUCAGUCCACGGGGCAACAGCUGUAGGAGCUUCUGUAAUGACUUCAGUCCCGAACUGGAAAUCAGAUUCCACUACCUCCAGUGCCAGUGCAAAGUCUCUUCCAGAAUCACAAGAACACUCCAGAAAUCUUCAACAAGAGAAGCAAGCAGCUCAAGAAUUCAAAAAUGAAGGAAAGGUCAGCAGCCCGGCGCAUGAAGAAUCAAAGGGAAGGAUAGCUGCUGAGCGUCUAAUUGCAGCACCAGAUUUAAAAAUGCAAAACAGAGUGCAACCAACUGUUGCAUUUCAAGCAUAUCCAAUGCAGGUGGAGAAGCAAGGAACUAUUGAGAACAACGAGGCCUUAACCCCCUCUGUCUCUCAUGGAAAACAAUUCAAAACUGUGAUCUCAACACAUCCACAGGACAAGAACACGGUAAGUGAAUCUCAUCAAAAGCCUAAGACACCCAACGGAGUACACGCUUCCUUCCACAAAGAGAUCAAAGAAGAUAUUUCCAAGUUUGUUCAUAAGUUGGCCCUAGGGAACUCAAAGGAGGCUCUGGUUGAUAAACCACUCUCUGUUAUAACCCUAACUGGUGAAAACAGAGGUGCAUCCAUGCAGUUAGGUUCUGAGCCAGCAAAAAAGGAACAACCAAUUCAUAUUUAUAGGGGUUAUAAAACCAACCCAGACGAGAGCACUGAGGCUACAACUGAUGGAGAAGAAAGCUCCAUAGGAAUAAGAUCAAAAGAUGGAAUGGUCAAAGAAGAAGCACAAACCAAGGCCUACAUAAACAGCAAUGUUCAGAGUGUCAAUAACUCAAUUCUUUUCAACGGUUCUGUCGCUGAACAGAAUCCUGGUGUUCAGCUGGCCCUCACUCAUAACUCAUCCGACCAAGUCGAUUCAGAUACUAAAAAGGAGUUCCUUGAGACGCACAAAGCUGAAUUCAAUGUUACCCCUGCCCAGCAGCUUACUUAUGAACCCAGAAUCAGAAGACGAUGCCUCAGGGGGCUUUUCAUGGAAUCAAGUGACUCUGACCCUGAUAAUCCUGAAAAGCCUCGACGUCAUGGUUGCAAGUAUAACUGCAGCGGAAAUAUCAAAGAUAACAAACUAGAUGUUCUCUAAAGAAAAGUAAAAUACAACAAAUUUUUCAAGGAACCUGUCUACCACUAGAGGGCAUAAACAUGUUGCAUAAUAAUAGCCAUGUAAAAUAAUAAGGAUUCUGUACAAUCCAAAAAGGCCAGCUUUAGUUGUAUGUUUCUGUUGCAUCUUAUAUAAAAGACAUGUCGUGCAAUGUAAU